AGAAAUAGAUUAUGAAAUGCCUGCCGUUGUUGCAAGACUUCAAGAUUUGGAGUCUGACGUGGAAUUUGUAGCUCCAUGUCAAAGCGAAGUUGAAGCUUAUGCUUUGAAUGGAGUGCCUGUUUUUGCUUAUUCCUUCGAUUAUGUCCCGAAAGGGUCUGUUAUAGAGGAUGACAGAAGAUUUUAUUCAAUGUUUGGGAAUGCCCCUGUUGGGCUAAAAAGGAAAGACCAACAUCUAAAAUCACACCGUCUUGAGGCAUUUCACGGACUAGAUCAUGCUUUUAUCUUUACUCAAGGAUAUUCUUCUAAUUUUCAUAUCGAGCCUUUCAGUCGGCGUGACAAAACAAUGUCUCGGCUUUUAACAAAAAUGAUAGCCAAUUUUGUAACGACCGGAGAUCCUUCAACUGGAAAUUUUACAUGGGCAUCAAAUACAAACGAGUCUUUAUAUUAUACUUCUUUGGAUUUACCUCCAAAAAUUGUGCGUGGUGCUAUACAUUCCCCCUCUCCAUCAUUUUGGAAUGAUGAAGUUCAAAUGCUAGCAAAAUAUCAGUUAGCAGAUGCUGUUAGCAGAGCAAAUGAACAAGCAGCUAGUGAAUUAACAUGGGAAGAACGAAUGCAACUUCGAGCCUAUAAACGCGCUUGGUAUGCCCUUUGGGUAUUUGUUUUUGCAAUUGCUGUAAUUAUAUGGCUAAUAAUUGUUUGUGCUGUAUGUCAUUGGAGUAGAACCCAUAGCGAUAAAGCUUAUGAUAAUAUUGUUAUUGAAAGAUAA